CACUACACAGAGGCAUUAAACCUCUUCAGCUCACCGGGCCAAGCACUUUCACACUGCGCAGGUCGCUCCGCCUGCCGCCUUCUGAGGGGGAAAAAAAAGUUAAUAUUCUUUUAAGGACUAUAUUUUAAACAAAGAAGAUGACUCUUCAGCCGAGUAUUUUACCCGACGAAGAGGCCUUUGCAGAUUUCAGAAAGCAGUGCUUGUCAGGAGGCAACUGGUCGAGCAAAUAUGAUAAAAAUGGGAUACAGGUGUGGAUCGAAGUUCCAGCAAGUAGUAAAGAAAAUCAUCCACAGAAAGUCCACAAGAUCAAGUGUAAAAUGACAAUCAAAGAUGUGUCAGCUGCAACCAUGUAUGAUGUCCUUCAUGACGGCACGUACCGUAAGAAAUGGGACCUCGCCAUGCUGGAGAGUUUUGACAUUGCCCGGCUCUCUGCUAACGCUGAUGUGGGCUACUACUCAUGGCGUUGUCCACCACCCAUUACAAACAGAGAUGUUGUGAGUCUACGUUCAUGGCGGAUGAUGGAUGAUGAGUACAUUAUCGUUAACUUCUCUGUCAAACACCCGAAUUAUCCUCCUCGCCGCGAUACAGUGAGGGCCAUUUCGAUGCUCACUGGUUACCUGAUCAAGCCCAUAGGACCAAACAGCUGUACUUUCAUUUACCUGUCACAAGCUGACCCCAAAGGUUCUCUUCCAAAGUGGAUGGUAAACAAAGCAUCUCAAACCCUCGCUCCAAAGGUGAUGAAAAGUGUACACAAGGCGGGACAGGAAUACCCAGAGUGGAAACGACAGAACCAUCCAGACCAAAAGCCCUGGCUGUACGUGGAGCAGAACACCAUACCCAUGAUGGACCCAUGCCUUCUGUCCAUACAGAGGGCGGAAUCGCUAGAAAACGUGGACGAGAGCUCAAAAGUGGACACUGUGAACUGCGAGGACAGCAGCUAAAUCACAUCACGGUGACAGGAGGAAGGGCGAGAUUGUUGGGAUUGACUCUUAAACUAAUAAGACUUGAGACCGCUGACUCUUUGUGGUGUCACCGUAAUGCUUGUGAAUGUCUGUCACAUUUUCCUAACCAGUGUGCCUUUUUUAUGGAUGAGCAACAGCAUGAAGUGUUUACAGCCGUCGCACAAGACGGAAACGAGCGCAGAUCAAAUUGCCAUUCACCUCAGUCCACGUCGAAUUAAGCUAAACAUGUCUCCAGUGUUUGCUGCCAUGCUCUUUUUUUUUUACGGUUGUUUUUUUUUUUUUUUUUUUUUGUUACGUUGUGCAGGCUAAGAGGUGACGGUGUUUGAAUGUGUCAUAGUUACAGCACUAAAUUUACGACGGGUCUUCUGUUAGGCCCUUUUUUAGUUGCAGCUAUUUUAAAAUGUAAAUGCACAAAAAAGUUUCAGAUUAAUUUAAGCAUAGAUCGUCAACCUGUGACUGUGAAUGGGAAUAUGUUAGCUCUGUCAGUAGUUCACUUUACAUUUUUAACAUUAAUAACUUAAGAACGUGAUGGAAACUGUUUUUAAGGCCAUCCCUUUUUUUUAAUUUUUUUUUUUAUAGGUUGAAUGUCCAAUCAAAACGAUGGGAGCAUGAUUUUGAAACAUUUAAAAUAGUCACAUUUUACUUUCUUAAACAACACUUAUUUGGCUAGUUGCACUGUUGAAAACAUGUUUUCAAGGGCAAAUGUUCUGUUAAAGGUUGGAGGUUUGUUAAGCAGCUUUGGGCAUCAAGUUUGAACGUUUUUUUUUUUUUUUGUAGCUAAGUGUAGAUCAAAAUGUACUACAGACAUCAAAUCCCUUCACUAUUACUACUGAUUUUGUUAAUAUGUUCUUGAUUUUAACUAGAUAUGACCAAUAACUGUGCUUUCUUUUUCUCUCUCAAUGUUUUAUACAUGACAGUUUGAAGGUUGAGUAUAUUUAUUUAGAUGUACUUAAUGUGACCUCAUCCUUAUUUCAAGCUCAGACUUACAUUGGAACUCAGGGAGGGGCUCUGUGUGUAUCUAACUAUGUUGUUUUAACAUGUAAAGGUUACAUGAAGUUUCUCUGUUAUGCUUUGAAUACAACUACCUGAAGGAUUGGAAGGAC